AUGAUUGAUGGAAAGAUCGAGGACACAGAAUCAGGGACAGUGAUGGCUAUGUGGGGUAACACAUUGAUGAGAGGAGCAGUGAGAACUGCUUUGAAAUUACAACAAAAGGAUGGAGAGGAGACAACUGAAGAGAAUAAAGAAGAGUCGGAUGUUGAGACGAAACCACAAGCGGAGGAAGCGGAAGCACAGAAGCAUGGUGAGUUACACUCUUUCUCUAACAAGGGAUAA